GUCGUCCCUGCCUGUGAACGCCAUGCUCUCACUAUCAAGGAUGUCCAUCCGCUCUGGCACUGGUUCUGCCAUCAAUAGGACCCGGGCAAUUACAAGACACAUGGCAACGCCCUCUUCGUCUGCCAUAUCCGAUGAGGCACCCAUUCUUUUUGAGGAGAAUCUGUCCUCUCGGCGGUUCAUUUUGAAUCGCCCAAAGAAGCUCAAUGCUCUCGAUAUACGAAUGAUCAAUCUUAUAUCCUCUAAACUCGAGGCAUGGGAUAGCUCCAACCUUACUGGUGUAAUUGUGGGAACCAGUGUAGGAAAGGGGUUCUGUUCUGGUGGUGAUGUCGCUGGCAUCGUAGAGCAUUUAGCACAAGAAGGCGGGAAAGAACAGGCCAUUGAAUACUUUACUCGCGAGUUUGGUCUCGACUAUACCUUGGCCACGUUAUCGAAGCCUUACAUCGCUGUCAUGGAUGGAAUCACCUUCGGUGGUGGUGUUGGCUUGGCCGCUCCCGCACGGUUUAGGGUCGCAACAGAGAAGACAUCCUUCUCGAUGCCUGAAACCAAAAUCGGCUACUUCCCAGACGUGGGAGCAUCCUAUUACUUGUCCCGCCUUGACGGUGAGAUAGGCACAUACCUGGCACUCACAGGAAAUUCGCUCACAGGACGCGCUACGUACGAACAUGGAUUUGCCACGCAUUUCAUCUCUUCGCAUCGAGUGCCCAUACUCCUCGAGCGUAUUGCGGCGCUUGAAGAACCGUCGUUGACUCAGAUCGACCAAGCCAUCGAGGAACUAGCUUACGAACGGGAACCGACUGAUGAUCCAGCUCCUUUGGUCGGCGCCGUCCGCAUCGCGCUCGAUGAUGCGUUCGGCAAGGGAACCGUAGAGGAAAUUUUUGAAACACUACAAAAUUACGCUCAAGGCGGCGACAACGCUGACGUUAUCCGAUGGGCUAAGGACACUUUGGCCACUAUGGAGGAACGGAGUCCAACCAGCUUGAAGGUGUCGUUGUUAGCGAUUCGGAAAGGAAAAACUAUGAGCCUCUUGGAAGCAUUGAAUAUGGAGCUCGGCAUUGCCACUGCAUUCUGCAGCGGUGCCACCCCCGACUUUGUGACCGGUGUGCGCAGAGUCCUUAUCGAAAAGGACAGAUCAUCGGCUCGAACCAAGUGGUCCCCUGCCGACCUCAGCGGCGUUUCUGUGUCCACCGUUGAAUCCGAAUUCUUUAAACCCGCCUCUGCAAAGCUGCAUCUCCCGGAGCGGCUACAGAAGAAACACGAAGUUCCAUCCCAAUUUUUGCGCUACACGCUUCCCUCCGAGGAGGAGAUUGGCCAGGCCGUGAUGGGCAGUCACAAAGCGAGUGGUGGUUCUGCGCUCGAGCUCAGUGAUCUUGUAGCCAAGUUUGAAGAUCUCCGGAAGGGCAAACACGGUGUUGCGGAUAAGGUGAAGGAGGUUGUGCAGAGGAAGUGCACGCUGUUUGAGGACAACGGAUGCUCGUAUCUCCGGUGGAAGCACUGAGCAUCGAACGGAGACUCUAGGAGCCGUUGAGCGGAGAUGAUGAGAGCCGAUGUCACUAUUACAGUACAUAACUGUCUCAGCCGGCAUGAAUUUUUAUCGCAGAUAUUGAUUU